UGCUGGUGCCGGGCUCAGCACCGGUUCCACGUUUUUCGACCAAUUAUGACUGGUGCCGGUGCCCAAAAAAACCGGCACCGUCGGCUCCGCGAAGUUGCUGGGUCAGAGUUGAGCACCGCAAACGUCACUAUGGCUGUUGUCACAGCAACCACGCCGCGUUGGGGAACGUCACUUAUGUUUUUAGCUUUAGCAACAUACCUCUAGCUAAUACUUGUAACCAGCCGUAAAAUGUCAAGUUUGGGUGAGAAAAGUAAUGUAUCGUGGUCCAUUGAGGAAAUGAACGCGUUAAUUGGCAUAUGGGCAUCUACCGAAAUUCAGGAGAAGUUAGAGGGGGCUGUUAGAAAAGCGAAGAUUUACGAGGAAAUUAGAGUAGAAUUGGCUGGGGUGGGCUUCCACAGAACGGUGGACCAAAUUACAAAUAAAUUGAAAAAAAUAAAAAAGGAAUACCGGGACUACAAUGCAGAUAUGGCCAGAAGUGGUGCAGGGAGGAGUAAAAUAAAAAGUGGCAUCAAUGUAACACUUUUGGAGAAUGUGAUGGGUCGCAGACCAGCCAACCGCCUGGAUGGAGCCCUGAACUCCAGGGUAGUAGCCGCAAACGAGCGCACUGCCACAGAGAUAUUGGAGGGGAUGUGCAAUCAGUACGUCGAACAUGAUGAAGCAGAUGAUUUGGAGGCCCCUGCUGAAGAGCCACCAGCUGAGCCAGCUGAGCCUGCGCCAUCAUCGUCAGUGCGUACAGAAUCGAGGAAGGGGAAGAGGAAAUCUCCCCAGGAGGAGCUGUUGGAGAGUAUGGAGAGGAUGGAGGAACGAAGAGACCAUGUGUUUCUGGAACAGAGUCGCCAGUUUAAUGAGGCUUUUUUACAGAGAAUGGACACCUCUAGCACUGCACUCAUCAAUUUGUUAGGCCGUAUUGUGACCGCCAUAGAGAAGGAGCAAUAAACAAAUACACACACCCACAAACACCC